AUGAUUGGGUUCAAGCCCCCCGAGGUGCCCCCAACAGCCACCAUGAAGUUCGGGGGGACAGGGACAGGCACCCGCAUGGCCGACCGCAUCACCUUCCCCCUGGACACCGCCAAAGCGCGGCUGCAGGUGAGGAUUCAGGGGGAGGUGAAGCUGCCAGGUGAGGGGCUGGCGACGCAGUACAAGGGCGUCUUUGGCACCAUCGCUGCCGUGGUGAGGUCGGAGGGACCCCCCGCAGCUCUACAGCGGCAGAUGAGCUUCGCCUCUGUCCGCAUGGGGCUGUACGACUCAGUCAAGCAGCUCUACGCCAAAGAUGCGCUGCUCAAAUCCCAUCUCGCAAACGAAAACGUCCCCUGCCACUUCGCCUCCGCCUCCGGGGCCGGCUUCUGUGCCACACUCCUCGCAUCCCCUGUGGAUGUGGUGAAGACGAGGUACGUGAACGCUGCUCCAGUGCAUUAUCGGAGCAUCGAGCUGAGAAAGGAGGGGCCCAAGGCUUUCUACAAGGGAUUCCUGCCCUCGUUCCUGGGGCUCGGCUCCUGGAACAUGGUGACAGUUGUCACCUACGAGCAGCUAAAACCGGGCCUGACGGCUGCAGGCACAUGGGGAGAGGUCCCCUCCUGA